CCUUCCUCCACAGUCGGCCCCGUCAGCGCGGGGGUGCUGUCGCCGCGUAACGUCGCGUCGGCCCGGCCCGGCCCGGCCAGCGGGCAGAUGUCCCGAGGUGCCAUCUCCACCGCCGCCGACUCGGCCGGUGGCGGUGUGGGAGGCGGGCGUCCGGCCCGAGGCCGCUGAGUGUGACGGAACUGGCAGGGGGGCGCCGGACGCCGCGGCGUCGGCGGCUCGGUGCGGACUAUGUAUUUCCUUAGCGGGUGGCCUAAGAGGCUGCUCUGCCCUCUGGGGAGCCCGGCCGAGGCACCUUUCCAUGUCCAGUCCGACCCGCAGAGGGCUUUCUUUGCUGUGCUGGCCCCGGCUCGCCUCAGCAUCUGGUACAGCCGACCUAGUGUGUUAAUCGUAACCUACAAAGAACCUACAAAAUCAUCUACUCAGUUUGGAUCCUACAAGCAAGCUGAAUGGAGGCCAGAUAGUACCAUGAUAGCUGUGUCAACGGCGAAUGGCUACAUGCUGUUUUUCCACAUUACAUCUACAAGAGGUGACAAGUACCUUUAUGAACCAGUGUAUCCCAAAGGCAGUCCACAAGUGAAGGGGACACCCCAUUUUAAGGAUGAACAGUGUGCUCCAGCAUUACAUUUAGAGAUGAGGAAAAUACUGGAUUUGCAAGCACCUAUCAUGAGUUUUCAGUCUGUGUUGGAAGAUCUUCUGGUUGCUACUUCUGAUGGACUACUUCAUCUUAUUCACUGGGAAGGAAUGACAAAUGGAAGGAAAGCCAUUAAUCUUUGCACAGUACCCUUUUCAGUUGAUCUACAGUCAUCUAGAGCAGGUUCAUUCUUGGGCUUUGCAGAUGUACACAUCAGAGACAUGGAAUACUGUGCCACUCUUGAUGGGUUUGCUGUUGUGUUUAACGACGGUAGAGUUGGAUUUAUUACACCAGUAUCGAGUAGAUUUACUGCAGAGCAGCUUCAUGGAGUUUGGCCACAAGAUAUUGUUGACGGAACUUGUGUAGCAGUAAAUAACAAGUAUCGACUAAUGGCAUUUGGUUGCGUGAGUGGUUCUGUGCAGGUUUACACAAUAGAUAAUACCACUGGAGCUAUGCUACUCUCUCAUAAAUUAGAGCUAACAGCAAAACAAUAUCCUGACAUUUGGAACAAAACAGGAGCUGUUAAAUUGGUCAAAUGGUCUCCUGACAAUAGCGUUGUAAUAGUGACUUGGGAAUAUGGAGGCCUUUCUUUAUGGAGUGUGUUUGGAGCCCAGCUGAUUUGUACACUUGGAGGAGAUUUUGCUUACCGGUCUGAUGGUAUAAAAAAAGACCCCCUGAGGAUCAAUUCUAUGAGCUGGGGUGCAGAAGGCUAUCACCUAUGGGUAAUAAGUGGAUUUGGUUCUGAAAAUACUGAAAUUGAGUCUGACCUCAAGAGUAUAGUUAAACAGCCUGGCAUUCUGCUGUUUCAAUUUAUCAAGAGUGUACUCACCGUAAACCCUUGUAUGAGUAACCAAGAGCAGGUGUUGCUUCAAGGGGAGGAUCGAUUGUACUUGAACUGUGGAGAGACCUCACAAGCCCAGAAUCCCAGGAGUUCUUCUGCACGCCCCGAACAUAAGCCCAGUCGGGAAAAGAGCCCAUUCGCAAAUGGGGGUUUAGAGUCUCAGGGUUUAAGCUCUCUACUUGGACAUCGACAUUGGCAUGUUGUGCAGAUUUCCAGUACCUAUCUAGAGAGCAAUUGGCCUAUACGGUUUUCAGCUAUUGAUAAGCUCGGACAGAAUAUUGCUGUGGUUGGCAAGUUUGGUUUUGCACAUUACUCUUUACUCACCAAAAAAUGGAAACUUUUUGGGAACAUUACCCAGGAGCAAAAUAUGAUUGUGACAGGUGGCUUAGCCUGGUGGAAUGAUUUUAUUGUCCUUGCAUGUUAUAACAUAAAUGACCGUCAAGAAGAGCUCAGAGUAUACUUGCGAACAUCCAAUCUGGACAAUGCCUUUGCUCAUGUCACCAAAGCACAAGCCGAAACAUUACUACUUAGUGUUUUCCGGGACAUGGUAAUAGUAUUUAGAGCAGACUGUUCAAUAUGCCUUUACAGUAUUGAAAGAAAAUCUGAUGGUCCAAAUACUACUGCCACUAUUCAAGUUCUUCAGGAGGUUUCCAUGUCACGCUACAUUCCUCAUCCUUUCCUGGUAGUAUCUGUCACUCUGACAUCAGUGAGUACAGAGAAUGGAAUCACCUUAAAAAUGCCACAGCAGGCUCGUGAUGCAGAGAGUAUUAUGCUAAAUCUUGCAGGGCAACUCAUCAUGAUGCAGAGGGACAGAUCAGGCCCUCAAAUCCGGGAGAAGAACAGUAACCCUAACCAAAGAAAACUGCUGCCCUUCUGUCCUCCUGUUGUACUAGCCCAGUCUGUGGAAAAUGUCUGGACUACCUGUCGAGCAAAUAAACAAAAACGUCACCUUCUGGAGGCCCUCUGGCUGAGCUGUGGUGGUGCAGGAAUGAAAGUUUGGCUCCCUCUCUUCCCUAGGGAUCAUCGCAAACCCCAUUCCUUCUUGUCCCAGCGGAUCAUGCUGCCUUUCCAUAUCAACAUUUAUCCCUUGGCUGUUCUGUUUGAAGAUGCAUUAGUCCUUGGUGCUGUAAAUGACACUUUACUCUAUGACUCUUUGUAUACUCGGAAAAGUGGUAGGGAACAGCUGGAAGUGCUUUUCCCUUUCUGUGUUGUGGAGAGAACCUCUCAGAUCUACCUCCACCACAUUCUGCGCCAGCUUCUGGUCAGGAACCUUGGGGAGCAAGCCUUGCUUUUAGCCCAGUCCUGUGCCACAUUACCUUAUUUUCCUCAUGUGUUGGAGCUCAUGCUCCAUGAAGUUCUGGAAGAAGAAGCUACCUCACGGGAGCCCAUUCCCGACCCUCUCCUUCCCACUGUGGCAAAGUUUAUCACCGAGUUCCCCCUCUUCCUGCAGACAGUUGUCCAUUGUGCCAGGAAGACUGAAUAUGCCCUAUGGAAUUAUCUUUUUGCAGCUGUUGGAAAUCCUAAGGACUUGUUUGAAGAAUGUUUGAUGGCUCAGGAUUUGGACACAGCUGCCUCUUACCUUAUUAUCUUACAGAAUAUGGAAGUCCCAGCAGUAAGUAGGCAACAUGCCACCCUUCUGUUCAGCACAGCACUGGAACAAAGCAAGUGGGACCUAUGUCGACACAUGAUUAGAUUUCUUAAAGCCAUUGGCUCUGGAGAAUCUGAAACACCUCCAUCCACACCUACAGCUCAGGAACCCUGUUCAAGUGGUGGAUUUGAGUUCUUCAGGAAUCGAAGCAUCAGUUUAUCCCACUCAGCUGAGAAUGUUCCUGCUAGUAAAUUUAGCUUACAAAAAACACUAAGUAUGCCAUCUGGUCCUUCUGGGAAGAGAUGGAGCAAAGACAGUGAUUGUGCUGAGAAUAUGUAUAUCGACAUGAUGCUCUGGAGACAUGCUCGGCGCCUAUUGGAAGAAGUGCGACUAAAGGACCUUGGCUGCUUUGCAGCCCAGCUGGGCUUUGAAUUAAUUAGUUGGCUGUGCAAGGAACGUACACGAGCUGCCCGGGUGGACAACUUUGUGAUAGCCCUGAAGAGACUCCACAAAGAUUUCCUGUGGCCACUUCCCAUCAUACCAGCUUCCUCUAUCAGUUCUCCUUUCAAGAAUGGAAAAUACCGAACAGCAGGAGAGCAGCUAUUGAAGUCUCAGUCAGCUGACCCUUUUUUAAACCUUGAGAUGGAUGCUGGCGUUUCUAAUGUCCAACGAAGUCAGAGCUGGCUUGGCAACAUUGGUCCCACUCAUCGUGAGAUAGACUUGGCCUCAUCCCAUGGACCACAAACACAAGACGCCUUCCUGUCACCUUUAUUUAAUAAAGGUGAUGAAUGCAGUAUUGGUUCAGCCACAGACUUGACUGAAAGUAGCUCCAUGGUGGAUGGGGACUGGACAAUGGUGGAUGAAAAUUUCUCCACGCUCAGUUUAACUCAGUCAGAACUAGAACACAUCUCCAUGGAGUUGGCGAGUAAAGGGCCUCACAAAUCCCAGGUCCAGCUUCGGUAUUUGCUACACAUCUUCAUGGAGGCAGGAUGUCUGGACUGGUGCAUUGUCAUAGGCCUAAUUCUUAGAGAAUCCUCAGUAAUCAACCAGAUUUUGGUUAUUAUACAGUCUACAGAGGUAGAUGGAGAAAUGUUACAGAACAUAAAGACAGGGCUGCAUGCUGUGGACAGAUGGGCCUCUACGGAUUGCCCUGGAUAUAAGCCAUUUUUAAACAUCAUUAAGCCACAAUUGCAGAAGCUCAGUGAAAUAACAGAAGAACAGAUUCAGCCUGAAGCCUUCCAGCCUGUAACUCUGGGUAAGACUCCUGAACAGACUAGCCCCCGGGCAGAGGAGAGCAGGGGUUCCUCAGGCCAUGGAAGCAUCCCCCAGGGUGAGCUCGGAGGUAGCAGUACAGUCAGUCAGAAGGAGGAGGACACAGCACAAGCAGAAGAGGAGGAAUCUUUUCAGGAUGGAACUUAUGACUGUUCUGUGUCCUAACAACAGUGGAGUACAUCACCUCGAGCAGUAUUAGGUAGAGGCAGCAUUCAAUUGUCUACACCAUGACCUACUUGGAUGAUUUAAAAGGGGGGAAAGGACUCAGCUCAGAGACUUAGAUUUUAACUUUCUGCUCCGAGAAAUGUUUGAUUUGAUAAAAAUGCAAUAGCAAAUCAUCUUUUCAUAAAAAUUUUUAAGUAAGUUACAGUAGGAAUAAAGGAUAUUGUACAGAUGUACAUGAGAAUAUUUUGGUUUUAUUCUUAAAGGUUGGUAGCUCUUAAAUCAUAGGGAUCAUUCUGUCCCCAAAGAGCUUACUUUGUCAGAACUUACAGCUUCUUACACAUUUUCUGGUUCAGUAUGUGUCCAGACUGUUUUUUAAAUAAAUAGCAAAGGUGCUUGUUGUAGCUCAUCAGGAGUUGAACUCCCGAUUUGCUCCCUGGCUGGCCCUCCUGAGUAAAUACCUGCCCUGCACAUUAUGGCUUAAUGUGCCUGUUUUAAGAAACUUGAUAACUGCUAGAUCAGUAUGGACAGAGGUGUGAGGGAUUACCAUCAACAAUGCUGUGAGGUUAGACACCACUAUUUUGUAUCAAAAGAACUAUCUUUAUGUGAAUACUUGUGUAAAAUGUACUCAAUGGCACUGUUCAUAUUUUUAGGGCUUGUAUUAUAGAUUCUGCAUGGCUAUUGUAGAUACUUGCUCUUCUUUCCAAAUAGGAACAGUCUUUAUAAAGGAGGACAGGUUUAUUGGCUUGGUCAUAAAGAACAAAUAUGGUCACACUGAUCAUGAAACAGGUUUGUGCAAAUUAAUGUUUCUUAUUUAUUGCUUUUGUAAAGUGAAUAAAAUGGACUUUUAUGUAAAUAGUCUGCUGCAUCCUGUAUUAUCACAUCUACUAAAAAUGUAAACAAUGCAUUCUUCAUUGUAACUUUAAAAAUAUUUUAUGUAUUUCUAGACGUGACUUAAAUUUUCAUACAUGAUGGAAAUGUAACUGUAUACACAAUGCUUCAAACUAAACAUAUCUACUGUAAUUCUAAUUACCUUAUAACAGUAUUAAUGCAGAUAUUUAGAUAGUUUGUACUGUGCAAUUUGAACAAAGGAAUGCAAUGUUAUUUUUUACAAAAACAAACUUAUUUUUAUAAUAACAAUGUAUUUGAUGUGGACCAAAUUCAUACCACGAUGUAUAACCUCUUUUUUCAUAGUGCAAUUACAGUUUAGAAAUAAAAUUUGGUCCUGUCCUUGCCUUUUACAGUGAAUGUCUAUAUUUCAUUUACUAGCCAGGUUUCUUUUGUAGAGAAACUCAAAACUUUUGAAACAGUUUAAUUCAGAAUUCAUCAAACUGUAUUUAAAAUUGAGUUUCCUAGUUUACUUUCACAUAAGAAAUUUCCUGAAUGAGGGGAACAUGUGGUUACUGGUACUUGGUCCUUCUGGUGCUACUUUUAUUUCAGUCUUUGUUUCAAAAUCGUCUUUCUCUAAAUCUUAAGAUGGAAGAUAAUGUUUCCCAUAUGAGGACAUGUGGCCCAGCAAGAAAAGAAGCUGAAAUUUCUCCUGUCCUAGUCCAUAAGGGAGACAAACCAGAAUUUUUGUGUUUGGUGUGAAUAUCUAGUCAAUAAACAAGAUUUACCAUUGUAAA